GGUUAGGCUUAGGACGAGGAGGAAGGCCAAUAUAAACCCCUGCAGGAGAGACGAGAAAGACAGUGAGCUGCCACCAUGAAACUGUUCGUCUUGUGCUCGUUGGUGGUCGCCGCCGCAGCCUGGCCCAGCCUUAGCGACUUCCAGGGUGACCAGCCCGUCGUGACGGUCGCCAGGAAGCAGCAGGACGUCAAUGGGCUGCUGCACAGGAUCUAUGAUGACCUGGCUUACCCCGAGGUGACUGACAUUAUUGACACCUUCGAAACCACACUGGAUGUCACCAGGUACAAGGAUGGAGGCGUGGCUAUCCAGAAGCUCCUGAAAGAGCUGCACGACCACCGCCUGGCUAGCAGGCACCACGUGUUCUCUCUGUUCAACACUCGCCAACGAGAGGAAGCUCUGAUGCUGUUUGAGGUCUUCAUGCAGUGCCAGACCUGGGAUGAAUUCUCAAGAAGUGCCAUCUUCUUCCGCAAACAUAUGAACGAAGGAGAGUUUGUCUACGCUAUCUAUGUCGCCAUCAUCCACUCGCCACUCGGCAAAGGCAUCGUCCUGCCUCCUCUCUACGAAGUUACGCCUCACCUAUUCACGAACAGCGAAAUCAUCAACAAAGCCUAUACAGCCCAGAUGACCAACACUCAGGGAUCGUUCAGAAUGAACUUCACCGGGUCAAGGAGGAACCCGGAGCAACAAGUCGCUUACUUUGGAGAAGACAUUGGCAUGAAUGUCCACCACGUCACGUGGCACAUGGACUUCCCAUUCUGGUGGACAGAUUCUUACGGCCAUCACAUUGACAGGAAGGGCGAGCUUUUCUUCUGGGUGCAUCACCAACUCUCUGCUCGCUACAACAGUGAGAGACUCUCCAACUGGAUGAACGUCGUAGAUGAACUUAGCUGGGAAAGCAUCAUCAAAGACGGCUUUGCGCCCCAUACAAGUUACAAAUUCGGCGGCGAGUUCCCUGCAAGACCUGAUAACGUUCGGUUUACCGAUGUGAAAGGCGUGGCGCGAGUGAGGGACAUGGUGAUCACUGAGCACCGCAUACGUGAUGCCAUCGCCCGCGGCUUCAUCGUCAGUCCAAGAGGCGAAACUAUUGACAUCAGUAAUGAGCACGGCAUUAACAUCCUAGGAGACGUCAUUGAGUCGUCCACAUACAGCCCCAACGUGAAUUACUACGGUUCCCUCCACAACACAGCCCAUAUCAUGCUUGGCCGCCAGGGUGAUCCACAGGGCAAAUUCAAUAUGCCUCCCGGUGUCAUGGAACACUUUGAAACCGCUACCCGUGAUCCCAGCUUCUUCAGGCUCCACAAGUACAUGGAUAACAUAUUCAAAGAGCACAAGGACUCCUUUGAUCCCUAUACAAAAGAGGACCUUGCGUUCCCCGGAGUAAGUAUUGAAUCGAUCAAUAUCGAUGGAGAGCUCAGAACUUAUUUCGAGGAGUUUGAGUUUGAUCUCGAAAACGCUGCAGAUCACUCAGAAUCCUCCAGUGUGGACAUUUCUGCCCGUGUUCCCCGCCUUAACCACAAGGAGUUCUCCUACAACUUUGAAAUUAACAACAACAACGACGAUGAGGUCGAGGCUGCCAUCCGCGUGUACCUAUGCCCUGAGAAAGACUCCCAUGGUAUCCAAUUCACCUGGGACGAGGGUCGCUGGCACUGCAUCGAAAUGGACAAAUUCUGGAGGAAGUUGAGCAGUGGAGCUAACAUGGUGGUUCGGAAGUCCUCUGAAUCCUCAGUAACCCGCCCCGACUCCAUGAGUUUCAAGGUCCUCCGGCAGAAGGCGGAUGAAGCUGUGGCUGGAGGUUACGACCUGAAUCUGGAGAAGUACGCGGAAGCAUGUGGUAUUCCUGACAGGAUGCUUCUGCCCAAGGGCAAGGCCAACGGCAUGGACUUUGCUCUUAUGGUCUUCGUUACCCCUGACGCACACAUUGAUGAGAGUGAGGUGAACGGAAACCACGCCCACUGUGGCAGACACGGACAGCCCUACCCCGACCCAAGACCCAUGGGAUACCCGCUCGAUCGUCGCAUCCCCGACAAGCGAGUCUUCCUGGACUCUCCCAACACAAAAUUCAUCAACGUUAAGGUCUUCCAUGGCGAACAAUAACCUUUGAGCUACCAUGUCAACGAUAAGAACGAGGAAAACGCAUUAACAUCCACGAGUGUUCCGCUGGCUGCUUCAUGACAACUGCUCCAGCUUAGAACAGCACAAGAUCAUGUUCACAAUAUGAGAAUAGAAUACAACCUUGACUUUUAAACAACCAUGUACUGUUUUGGACUGACAACAUCUCACUUGAUUAAUAAUAACUUGAAGCUUUA